GGAAGGAGCUUUAGCUUCUGCAGUUUCUCUCUCACUCCCUCCCUCACACUUAAGCAUCUGGCAUAACCAUGUGGACUUGGGCCACAGCACUGCUUUUCCUCAUCUUCUGCCUCUGGACAGUAGACAGUCAGAGCGAGCACAGUAAUAGCAAUGUGAGGGCAGGCAAUGGUGGUGGUGGCGCUGCAGAGAACAGGAAGAGUGUAUGGGGGGACCCUAUCCAGUUCAGCAACAAGGCAAAAGACUUGUGCACCAUGAGUGUCAGCGGCCUGGAAAAUGUCACUAGGCUGAGGAUAUCGUGCCAGGGUGCCGACAGAACAUACUGGUGCGAGUAUAUGGGCAAGCCCCAUAUGUGCCGAGCCUACAACAACAACCCUCGCCACUAUUUUAUCCAGAUCAUGUGGGACCUGAGGAAACACCAGAACGCCUGCCAGGCGCCUAAGGAACUCAAGCCUCAGAUGUGCAGGAGAGCACCAGUAGACACCCAGAUGGUGUUCUCAGUUCCUUCCACGCCAGAAGCAGCACCAGCAGCAACCCCCCAAAAGCCGGACAAAGCCCAGGAGCGAUCCCCGGUUAAACCAGAGACCCCCAAGUUACCGAUCGCCAAACAGACUAAGCCAGCAGCAUCCAAGCCUGAGGCUAAACCUGCAAAACACGUACAUGCUAAACCAGCACAGGUGAGACCAGAGCCAGAAAAACCAGAGUCGGCGAAACCAGAAGCAAGACCAGCGCCGACAAAGCCAGUGCAACCCAGAACGGAGCAGACAAAACCAGCUGGAGCAAAACCAGUCAAGCCAGCACUGAACAAACCAGCUGUACUCAAAAAGAUUCUGAUCCCAAAACUAACCACUCCAAAACCCAUAAAGCCCACUGUGAAGAGCAAUACCAAAAACAUGGCCGAAGAGUACUGUUGGCAGUCACUCCAAGGCAUAUGUUCCUAUGUCAUCAGUUGGUUUCAGAACUAAUAAUAAGUUUUAGAUUCCUUUUAAAGAUGGCUUCCAAAAUCAAACUAAAGAGGUGCUCAGCAUGGUUGUACAGAAGAGGACUUUGUCGAUAAAUGGCAGGAGAGGGUUCUAACAUCCUUUUCACAGGAUGUAUUAAUAGUAAUUAAACAUCUAUCCAGCUAGCCAUUUGACCAAGACUUAUGUUUGAGUUGUGAAUUUCCUAUCAAACCGAUACCAAUCCCAAAUAUUUGGUCAAAUAAUAAUUCCAAGGAUCAAAAUUAAAAAGCAUCCAUACCUGAAUGUGUGAAUUGAGCGUGUUCAUAUUUAGAUGCGUUGUCUUUCACAUGGUUUUGAUCUUGGAGACAGUUUCUGUAUUUUUAUUAGCUUGUAUUUUACAUUUUUACGUAUCAGAAAGCAGUGUGUAUAUUUGGUACCUUUUAAUGGAUACCUAAGGAAGAUAUGCCAUUGGUUUUGCCUUUUUUGCAUUUAUGUUUAUUCAUUCGUUUUUUCACCAUAGACCAGGUAUUGAAUAUACUGGGGCAAAGACACAAAGGUUUUUGUUUCAUUCCACCACUGGUUCACUGGACCUAAAGGUCACCCUCAACAUAUGUAAGUUGACAUGCUGAAUAAAGGUUUGUUCUUAAUUUUUUUGUUUUCUGUUUCUCUUACUGCCUUGGUUUAGUGUUUCCAUCCAAUCACUUUAUUUAUUUUUAUACCAGUAGAGAGUAAGUCCAAACGGACAAUAGUUAAAUAAUUAAGUUGACUAGUUUUUUGUAUUUUAAACACUCCAGCUAUAGAAGUGCAGUGAAGUUUCCCCACCAGUAAGUGGCACUGUUGGAUCAAUGUAUUAUUAAUGACUUUCGUCACUGU